AUGGAGGCGCAGCGACUGCCAUUGCGAGUGGCCGUGGUUCAGUUCUGGCCCAAGUUGGCAGAAGUCGAGCACAAUAUUGAGCGGGCACGACAACUCUGUGCGCAACUGGAACCGCGCUCGGUAGACCUUGUCUGUCUGCCUGAGAUGAUUUUCACCGGAUACGUCUUCCCCGACGCCUCUUCCAUUGAACCCUACCUCGAACACCCCAAAUCCGGCCCGACAUCGCAAUUCUGCGCGUACCUCUCCUCCCGGCUCGAAUGCUACGUGCUAGCCGGGUAUCCCGAACGACUCGCCCUGCACGAAGUCGAGCGGCGCGUCACACUCCCGCGCGAAUGGGCCGACGCGGACUCUGACUGGAAUAGUGACUCAGAGGAGGAGAGAGAGAGGGAAAGAGACAGGCAGCUUGUUGAUCGGGUGGGCGCGAACAGCGCGGUGCUGUACGGCCCCGGCGGGGAGUGGGUGGGCGGGUACCGCAAGACGAACCUCUACAAGACAGACAUGACAUGGGCCAAGCCAGGCCCGGGCUUCGCCACGUUCGACCUCCCACCACCGCUCGGCACCCUCACCCUUGGGAUCUGCAUGGACCUCAACCCUGUCCCAGGCGCGACCUGGUCCCUCGAAGGCGGGCCGUAUGAGCUCGCGGACCACACGCUGCAGACGGGCUCGCGGACGCUGGUGCUGCUGAAUGCGUGGUUAGCUUCAGGUUCUGUCGACGGGGAAGAGGAGGAAGAGGAGGAGGAUUGGCAAGUGGUGAGAUAUUGGGCGGCGCGGCUCCGGCCGUUGUGGGCGAGGAAGGACGGAGACAGAGAGGCGGAACGGAAUGAUGGGGUGAAGGUGAUAGUAUGUAAUCGUUGUGGAGAAGAGAACGGGGUCACCUUUGCUGGGUCGUCAGCGGCGUACCUUAUGAGCAGAACGCUGGGCAAGCCGCAAUUGCUUGAUGUCAUGGGACGGAGGGAGGAGGGGUUACGAGUCUGGACCAUCUAG